AUGCAAAGGACUUCUAUGAUGUCUAUCAGCCGUCUCAACUGUAGCCUCGUAUUCCAGGAGAAGUCGCACGACUUCAAGAUGGCCGUUACUAGCGGCCACGGUCAAAGGCGCAUCACCAACGAUAUUGCGUCUGUCGAAGAUUCCAGCUUGUUUUUCCCGAGGAAGAUUCACACUUUCUUCAUACCCUUCAGAGGCUCCCUCGUGACCAAUAGGAGCUAUAACUCCAGCCUCGUGUUCCAGAAGGAGUUUCACAACCUCGAGGUGGCCAUUACAGGCAGCUAA